CUCCCCUCCCCUGUAACUCCAUCAAUUUGCUUCAAUUUGCAAUCUAAGUUCCUCUACAUAAUCUGUAACUGCGACUGUGUUCAUAUAACACAGGAAUGCAGGAAGAGGGAGUGUAUACCGUGAAGGUGGAGGAGGCGAGGCCCGGGAGCGAGGCUAAGCCUUCAGCCGGUCCUGUUUACCGCUGCAUUUACGCGAGGAACGGCCUCCUGGAUGUGCCUGUUGGAGUUGAGUGCCCAUGGGAUUUUUUCAGCGGAUCUGUUAAGAGAUACCCUCAAAAUGCAAUGCUUGGUCAUCGUGAGACCAUCGAUGGAAAGGUGAGUUCGUAUAAAUGGACUACGUAUGAGGAGGCCUAUGAUAAAGCUAUCAAAGUUGGCUCUGCUAUUCGAGAAAGUGGUGCCAACCCGGGAGAUCGCUGUGGUAUUUAUGGAUCGAAUUCUCCUGAAUGGGUGGUAACCAUGGAGGCUUGUAACAGUCAAGGAAUCUGUUAUGUCCCUUUGUAUGACACCCUCGGUCCUAAUGCAGUAGAGUUCAUCAUCAAACAUGCAGAAAUCUCGAUAGCUUUUGUUCAAGAGAACAAGAUGACAUCUCUGUUAACAUGCCUUGAGAGUUGUGCUACUUAUCUGAAGACAAUUGUCAGCUUUGGAAAUGUUGCCGAUGAGCACAAGCAAAAAGCUCAACAAGUUGAAGUUUCUUGCUUCUCCUGGGAGGAAUUUGUUUCUAUGGCAAGUGCAAAUCCCAAGCUUCCACAAAAACACAGGGACGAUAUAUGCACAAUAAUGUAUACGAGUGGGACGACGGGAGACCCCAAAGGAGUCAUUCUCACUAACAAAGCAGUUGUGGCAGAGGUUGCUACUACAGAUCAUCUCCUUGUAGAGACUGACAAAGUGAUUACUGAACAAGAUUCCUACUUCUCAUUCCUUCCGUUAGCCCACAUAUUUGAUCAAAUCAUCGAGAACUAUUGCAUAUCGAAGGGAGCAUCCAUAGGAUUCUGGAGAGGGGACGUCCGAUAUUUAAUGGAGGACGUCCAGGAACUUAAACCAACACUCUUUGCUGCUGUACCUCGAGUAUAUGACCGAAUAUACACAGGUAUCAAGCAGAAACUCUCUUCUGGAGGAGUAGUAGCAAAGAAGCUAUUUGAGUUUGCUUAUGACCACAAGUUAAGGUAUUUGAAGAAUGGAAUCAAACAAGAUAAAGCAUCACCGUUGUUUGACACCUUAGUGUUCAAUAAAAUCAAACAAGGACUCGGGGGCCGUGUAAGGAUAAUGUUAUCGGGAGCUGCGCCUUUACCUAAGCAUAUUGAGGAGUUCUUGAGAGUCACAAGCUGCAGUGUUGUAGUACAAGGAUACGGUCUUACAGAGAGUUGUGCCGGGUGUUUUACAUCAAUAGCCAACAUAUUCCCGAUGAUAGGAACUGUGGGGAUCCCCGUUACAAUGAUAGAGGCAAGAUUAGAGUCAGUACCUGAAAUGGGUUAUGAUGCGCUCUCUUCUGUACCUCGCGGAGAGAUUUGUUUGAGGGGUGAAACCUUGUUCUCUGGUUACUACAAGAGGCAAGACCUCACUGAUGAAGUUCUUGUAGACGGAUGGUUUCACACAGGUGACAUUGGAGAAUGGCUACCAAAUGGUUCGAUGAAGAUUAUUGACAGAAAAAAGAAUAUUUUUAAAUUGUCUCAAGGGGAAUAUGUUGCCGUCGAGAGCAUUGAGAAUGCAUAUAAUCAAUGCCCUCUGGUUACAUUGGUUUGGGUCUAUGGGAACAGCUUUGAGUCAUUUCUAGUAGGAGUAGCAAUUCCUGAAAGAAAACCACUGGAGAACUGGGCGGCACAAAACAAUGUAACUGGAAGCUUUGAGGAGCUGUGCAAGCAUCCGGAAGCAAGAAAAUACAUCCUUGAUUUGCUCAAUAACACGGGUCGAACACAACAAUUGAGAGGCUUUGAGAUGUUGAAAGCAAUUCAUCUUGAACCGGUGCCGUUUGAUAUGGAGAGGGAUCUGGUUACUCCAACAUUCAAGUUGAAGAGGCCACAGUUGCUCAAAUAUUACCAGGAAACUGUUGACGAACUGUACCGAGAAGCCAAGGCAACGAAAGCAUGAUAGAUGAACUCAUUUAAUAUGUAUUUUCCUAUUGUAAUUCAUUUUAUAACCUUUGUUCUGGGGCUGAUUAGAUUUAUGGAGAAGAGAGGAGGAAAAUUCAUUCUCCUAAUAUUAGAACAGCUACGAUCAUCUGCACCGUAAUUUUAAUGAAAAAUAAAGCAUAUGUACUUAUUUGGUUCUGUUUAA